AUGGCCGGAAGUUUAUCGUUCGGUGGUGCAUACACUGCGAUUCCGUUCAUUCAAGUGGAAGCUGUGCUGAAGGGUGGCUGGCUACCCGCGAAUAUUUUCCUGGAUUGCAUUGCAAUUGGCAACAUCCUACCCGCGCCGCUCGUUAUCUUCGCCACGUUUGUCGGCUUUCAAGGCGGGUUGGCUGAUGGGGGCCUGGGCAAUGCGUUUGCAGGUGCAGUGAUCAUCACGAUUGGAAUGCUUGCUCCGUGCUUUAUUUUUACCAUUGCUGGGCAUGACCUGCUGGAGAAACUUGUUCGGAACAAGUUCCUCUCUGAUUUCUUCGACGGGCUUUGCGGCGCAGUGACCGGAGUCAUCGCAAUCAUCGCCGCACAAACCCUGAGAUCCAGCGUUGAAGGGACUGAGAACCGCGAAAAUAUCGGCGCGACUAGAGCUGUGGAGAUUCUCGCCAAAAGUGCCCCCUCGGCUGUGCUUUACAUUCUUGCUUUGGCGGUCUUGGAUCGAUCCACGAGCAUAUACACGCCAAUUCUGCUGGUGGUCGUUGGGGCUCUCGCGGGGCAAUUCUUGUUUGUUUGA